AUGAAGUACCGGUCACCAAAGCAAUGCAGAGAACGAUUCCACCAGAACCUCAAACCAACAUUAAAUCACGACCCGAUCUCAGCUGAGGAGGGACUCGUGAUUGAACGACUUGUGAGCGAGAUGGGCAAGCGGUGGGCAGAGAUUGCCAGGAGACUCGGCAACAGGAGCGACAACGCUGUGAAGAACUGGUGGAAUGGCAGCGUGAAUCGAAAGCGUAGAGGCAUGGGUAGCUCAGCCUCGCACUCCCCAUCCUCUUCUUCUCCGUCCAGGACACCAAACGGACGGGUCGAACCACCAUACCAAAAGGCAUCUUCGAGGUCUCCUUCUACGCAAUACAGAUGCCCACGGGCCGAGCAUGGAGUGUAUGGCCACUCCUCCCACAUGGACAGGCAACAGUCGUGGACCUCGAUCUCAGAUUAUCAACCACAGCACCAGCAGCAGCAACAGCAGCAACAACGAGAUGAAAGAGAUUACCACCAGUCGCACCUCCAUUCGCCUCGCCCGCUAGAGUACCGUUCUUCGUUAUAUGACCUGCCAAAGGAGAACGUGAGCAGCGGAAGAUGGCAACAGUGCAACUCACGACCAGAGUCGCCAGCCACCGGCCGACGACUCCUUACUCCAAUCUUCACCACCCGCAACUCGAACCAAACCACCGAAUCGGCCAUGACAUCUCCAGCAUUCUCCGAGUUAUCCCACGCUCCAUCCCUUGGUGGUCCCCCAUCCAUGGUCUCUGACCAUAACUCAGUUGCCUCCGCCUCUCCAAAGACAGUGACAUCUCCAUCUGCACUCGCUACCCCGGUGGAAAUCCACCAUAGUCACCACCGCUCCUCAUCUUCAUCUGCAUCUUCCUACGACGAGAGACGGCGAGGCAGUGCCCCGUUAAUACCAUCUUCUUUCUCAAAACCGCAUCAUUCAAGCGACAACCUCCUCUACCAGCCACACCUAAUGCAGUCAUCACUACGACACCACCAGCACUCCAUCUCAGCACCACACAAUCAGCUACCACCAAUUUCGGAUCUUGAAAAGCCUUCUACUUCUUGUUGUUCUACUUCCCGCGAUUCUCGGAUGGGUCUACAGGCAUUGCUUAAUUAA